UCCUCUGCAGGGAGAGACCAGAGAGGCGUCACCUGCAGGACACACACCUGCUGCUAUAAGAACAAACCUCCUCCGUCCUCUAACACACUCCACGCAGAUUUGACGUGAGCUCAACACAGCAGCAAACAUGGCAAAUAUUUUGAAAGGUUUUGGGGGAGGAGGAGGAGGAGGAGGAGGAGGAGGAGGAGGAGGGGGCAUUUCUGAAAUGAUUGGGGAAAUGGCGGAGAAAGGUGCCGAGUGCGUGAUCCAGAAAUGUAUGGGAGGAGGUGGAAACAACGGAGAUCAAGGUUUGGCCGACAUGGUGUCAGGCUGUCUUGGUGGCAACGACGAGAAGAAGGAAAAAGAAGAAGGAGGAGGAGGAGGAGGAGGAGGAGCAGCGGAGGGAGUGAUGAAUGUGUGCAAAGGCCUCUUUGGUUAAACCCCCUGCAGACCACAUCACCGAGCUCCGCCUGCAGCGUCCUCACAGAGCAGCAGCUCCACCCAAACUGCUGCAAUAUUGCCGCUUUCAAUAUUUACCAACGAUUUGUUUGAUGAGUUUUACACAGAAAAUAUGACCUCACCAGUGACAUUAAAUCUUUGAAAAUAAUAGAAAUAUUGAGCAACAUGCUCAAUAUUGCAACUACAAAAUGAAUGACUGUGAAUUUCACCAGUUGGGAAUGAUUAUGUUUUUUACUGGUUUUAUCAAAGUGAACUGAAAAGCUCUAAAUGAUGAAAUUAUUAUUAUCAUUGUACUUAGGAAAUCUGUUAAAUUUGGCAGACAAUAAAUAAAAACAUUAUAAACUGGGUUAUUAUAUUGAAAAAUAAAUCUGUAAUGUCACAUGGAUACGGUUAAUAUUUUGUGUCAUUAAUUUAUUUUAACAGUUAUUGUCUCAUGCUACGUUGCUAAUGUAAUCAGAUACUCAUUAAACAGUUUUGACAGUG